AAAAAACCGUCAAGACCUUGGUUCUUGGGUUCCCGACUGGACAGCUGUUUAUGAUGAGCUUGAAAACCGCCGUGCGAAUUUAUCCGGGCACUAUAGGGCCCAGGAGAGAGCUAUGUUUAUGUGGUGUUCAACACCUCAGUUCCGCCUUUUGAUAUUGGCUUCGGUGCAUUACCCCCAGACACGACUAAAGGCCUUGGAAAUUCUAACCGGAUGCAAGAUAUCCCGAGAGACGCUGUUCUUAUUUCGUUAUGCCAAGGCUGCCUCCAGCUGCCAGAAUAUUACCUGGGAGAGGUCGGGGCCAUUGGGUCCGUCAGGUUUGCUGAGAACGAUUUUAUUUCCAGCAUUCAAGAAUGGUCAAUUCUCAUCACCAGUGAGCCCCUUUAUACCAUGUACAUGCCAUACAAGGAAUCACUGGGUGAUGCUUUCAUAAGAACUAUUUGCGCGGAUUUGGUCUACUCCAAGAGCAUGUCCGUUUGCAGGUCUCACAAAUUCAAAGAAUUCAUGGAGGUCGCUUACCGCUGGCUUGUUUGUGGAGAUAAUGCGCCUCUUGGUCCGAAGUAUACCUCAAGGCAACCUCAGUUGCUAAGAGCAGUGCAUUCAAUAUUCCCAGGUCAUGAGAAGGCACCUGAAAACAGCGUCCAGACUAACUUGGACGUUGGCUCCUCAAUUCAUAAGGCAACUCACCGGAGGUCUUUCUUCAUCACCAAGGAAGGGCAUAUGGGCCUUGGACCAUAUAAUACCAGAGUUGGAGACCGUAUAUGUAUACUUCCUGGAGGUAAAAUGCCGUUUGUUCUCAGAAAAUAUCUGCACCUCUCACCCCUAUUUUAUGAGUCCAGCGAUCCAAGUAUACGUCGGCAACGUUGCAAUGAGCUCUUAGGCGACUGUUAUGCUUACGGCUUCAUGGACGGAGAAAUCAAGCCAUGGAACAAAAUGUUUAGACCAGAGUGCAAUAUAACGGGCGCAAGAACAGAAUGUAUUUGGCUUCGGUAGAUUUUUAAUCCCUGCUAUUAUUAUAUGUACUUCUCGGUUUGGUUCUGCUUCCAUUGAUACCGCGGAGGACUUACAAACCCCACCAACUUAAAGCGUAAAUCCUCCGCUUUUGCUUCAUUUUCAAGCAUGUAGGUAAUUAGCAUUCAUGGACCUUUCAGUAUCUUUCCAGGG